GCACUCUUGAUCUCUUCAAUACCUACUGCCAGACAGGCUCAAGGCCGUGCUCUAGCAAUUUGGUAGAGUCCGGUCAGAGAGUCAAUCAUCCAAUAUUAAAUUCUCGUACCUUUUGUAUUGGUGAGAAGAUUGCAUAAGGGGCGUUUGCCUUUGUGACAUACACUUUCAGUACUGUGCACGCGCCAGAGGAAAGCGGCAAAAUUACAGCUGCUGACUCUUCUCUACACGUUGCAAAUUACUUCUCAUUAGCCCCCUCUUUCAUCAAAUCAAUUCCCUUGUGUUCGCGCCCAUUUAGCAACCAUGUCCAACGAAUCCGAGUCGGAGGCGGUAGCCUCGGCCUUCAGAGAAGCAGUGGAGGAUCUUCAUGGGUUUGCUAGGAAUGAAAUUAAUACCUUAACUAUAAUCGCAAGAGAGAAUACCGAACAUGCACACGCAAUCUCUGGAGCUCUUCAAGAGCACAUAAAACGAGUUGUACCUCCUAAAAAACUGGCUUCUCUAUACCUCCUCGAUUCCAUCGUCAAGAAUGUAGGAACUCCCUACACCCUCUACUUCGGUAGAAAGCUGUACCAGACCUUCAUGGAGGCUUAUGCCUCGGUCGAUAUGGGAACCCGACGGAAGAUGGACGAGAUGCUGAGGACAUGGAAGGAGCCUGUUCCGGGAUCUCUCGAUACCAGGCCGGUAUUCCCCCCGGACGUUACGCGUCCCAUUGAGAACGCUCUCAUCAAAGCAAGAACAUCGACAUUACAAGCACAACGCGAGCAUGCUCGAGGCCAACAACAAUUACUUGGCCGUGGAAGGCCGUCGAGCCAGGGAGUGCCUUUCCGCGAUACCCCGACGCCUCCAAGUGCUCACUUACCUCCUCAGGCCAACGGUUAUCAUUCUCAGACUCCCACGCCGACUACAAACGGCUCAUCCUAUAGCAACCCAGCCCAGUCAAUGCCAGCUAGCUACCCGAUGCAUUUAAGCCAGCAACUUCCGUCUAGAUCUACGCCACAACCUAUGCCAACAACAAUGGCCUUUCAACCCCCCCAAUUAGGAGGUUAUGGCGCACCGCAGGCUGGAAUCAGCACAGAUGCUUUAAAAGAUGACAUCCAAAAACUAAUUGCGGCCUCCCAGGCCCAGUCCGCACACAAUCCGCAUGAUCCUAGUAUACAGACAAGGCUGAAGGCGUUGGUGGAUUUACAAAACAUACUUCAGACCCAGAACCUGCCACAGGAUCAGUUAGUGCUUGUUAAGAAUCGAAUUGCUGAUCUUGCCGUGACUAUAAGAGCACCCCCUGCCCAAAAUUCUACCCCUAUACCCACAUCACAACCUGUAGCAGUAGCCCCUCCGCCGGCACCAGCUCCGGCUCCAGCUCCAGCCUCGAAGAUUUCUCUAGACUCCUUGCUUGGUGCCGGUGCGUUAGCUGCUAUAAUGGCACGGAAUUCUACCACACCAAAGGCAUCUACACCCUAUCCUCCUCCCGCAGCAGCUCCUGUUCCUACACCCCCACCUCAACGAGUUGAGCCUCAAAAGCCGGCCGUGACACAACCAGUACCAACCCCCGCAUCAGAUCCUUUAGCACUUAUGAAUAUGCUAAGGCAAGCCGGUUUACUUCCGGCCACAACACCGGCUAGUAGUUCAGCAGCAAUUCCUCCUAAGCCUACACCUUCACUACCUUUUCCUAUGCCUUUUAACAUUCCGAGUGCACUUAUGGGCAACCAACCCCCUCGUCCUCCCACUCUUGAAGCUCUGACGAGUGAUAUUAUCCUGAGGCCUGCGUCUCUAAAACAAUUCCGCCCUCAUCUCUUACCUUUACUUUUCGACGCACUUGGACCUCAAUGCACGCAAUGUGGACGGCGGUUCCCUAAGGAUGAGGAGGGUAAGAAGAAAAAGACUGCGCACAUGGAUUGGCAUUUCCGGGUGAACCAGCGCAUUGCCGAUGCUGAGAAGCGAGGUCAACACCGGAGUUGGUUGGUUGACGAAGUUGACUGGAUCAAAACCCGGGAAACUGUCGACACGGAUCAUAUCGCUCCAUCUAGCGAUUCGAACGCAGCCUCGGGCGGCUCAGCACCCAAAGCGCCACAACUACAAUACAUUCCCGUUCCCGAUGAUCCCGAGUCGGCAAAUAGUAUCUGCAGUAUUUGCCAAGAGAAGUUUGAGAUGAGAUGGUUAGAUGACGCCCAGGAGUUCGUCUGGCCGGACGCCAUGAGAGUCGGCGAGAAGAUAUAUCACGCUAGUUGUUACAAGGAGGCAUUUAAGGACGGUGGAAACACACCGCCGAUUUACACGAGAGGUACACCCGAGCCGACUACAGGAAAGCGAAAGGCCGAGGUGAGUUUUCGCAUUCCUAUCUACUUGUACUUAUUAUGGAAAUUCCGUUACUAAUACAUCACAAGCAGGAUGAACUGACCUCUGCGCAACGAAGCAAGAUGAAGGUGGAGAGUACAUAGGAUGCACACUCUAGUUCUCCGGUCUGUUCCAGCUUUGGACGAACUGGUCCUAUCCGCUCACCGUGUACCAUUAAGGCUAGCCUCGACAGCCCGGUACGCGCGGGACGUUACGAGCCGAUGUACUCGAGUCCCCUGAGAAACUCCUUCAGAGAGUGAGAGGGAGCGAACCGACUACACAGACGCCUGAAGCGUUAUUGUUUUUGUCUAGGUGCCGUGUAACUCCACUCGGCAUAUUGCGUUAAACCAUUGGCUAUGGCUGCAUAGAGCAGCAACAGUAAACGGCCAAUGAGAUACCUGCCUAGGUACUUGGGUACUUAGAUGACUUGUCUCCUAGGAGAGGUUGGGGAGGGUGGGAGGAGACAUCCAGCGAUUGGCAGAGGUACUUGCAUUAAAGAAAUAUAAAUAUUGAUUAAAAUGAUUCUGUGGCUUUUGCUAAGUGAUCGUC